AUGGCACCGGCCAUUUCAGUCCGCAGUGCCUCAGGCGAGCACUUUACCCCCGUCAUCUAUCGAUCAGUAUCUUCCACCCUCCAGACUUUAUCAUCACGGUCUACAUCCUCCAAGAAGACCCCACUUGCAUCCUUGUUCGCCCUGAUCAUCCGGGGCACGAUCAACCUUUCCAAACGAACGCUUACAGACGGCGUGCUCACAUCACGUUCGCCAGUCUCGGAAGUCAUUCACCCCAUCCUGAUCGCUCCCUCCAGCCUCUCGAAACGUCAAAAUGCGAUCCUAGCCAUUCCCACCACAUACGCCGGUUUGAACAACGGCCCGGCGCCCGGUGCCAUUGUGGGCAUCAUACUCGGCUCGAUUGCCGGCUUUGUCCUGAUCCUGUACAUUAUCCUUUCGGCUUACCGGCUGUCAGGCUACGGUAACCGAGAAACAGUCGUCGAGGAGGAGGUUAUCCAUCACCGCCGACGCUCUCCGCGGCGCAGUCGCAGUCGCAGCCAGGCCAUGACAGAAGUGAGCAGUCCGCACCGAGAACGGGUGGUAGAGGAGAGGGUCGUGGUCGAAGAGCAUCUGUCGCCAAGUGUCGAGGAAGAAGAUAUAGUCGAAGUCAUCGAAGAGCAUUCGCCCGAACGGCCGGCCAGGAAACACAGUGGGCGCAGCGGUUAUCGGACGGUUGAUCCAGCCGAGUUUGGAGGUGGAAGUCGACCGAUGAGGAAGGUCUCCAGACGAUGA